GGCGUCUCUCCUCUCAUCUCCUCCCGCUCGAUCGCGAGCACCCGCCGCUGCCUGCGCUCUGCCCAUCAUGCCCUCGAGCAGAUUCGAGCCGUCGACCAUCAAGAACAAGGUCAAGCGAGAGGAGAUAGCAAGGAAGCAGAAGAAGCAAAAGGGCCAGGACAAGCUGCAGCGUCGGCUCGCCCUCGCAAAAGCAGAAGCUUCCGACCCUGUAGCAAAGAAAAAGCGGAAAGAGCAGAAUGUCCCGCGCACCUUGGACAACACCCGGGUGUUCGACCCGUCCUUCCUCACCGCACAACCGGUAGCAUCGUCCUCUUCCGUUCCGGACGGCGAGCCGGAGGCAUCCUCCUCCUCUGCGCCCGCAGAGCACGGCACUGCCCACCCACCAGAAGAACAACCUCAAGAUGAAUCCGCAGCCGACCUCGCCAACGAUCCCUUCGCGUCGUACUUUUCUGGAGACGUCGACCCGAGCGUGCCUCCCAAGGUGCUCAUCACCACGUCUCCGAGGGUGACCCGCGUGACAUAUGACUUUUGCGACGAGCUUGUCAAUGUGUUGCCUGGGGCGGAGUUUAUAAGGCGGAAGAAGGGGAAGGGCUUCGAGAUGGGGCGGAUAGCAGGCUGGGCGGCUGGUCGAGGGUACAGCCAUAUGGCGGUUGUGAAUGAGGACACGAAAAAGCCGAACGCAAUCACGCUCAUAUACCUUCCGAACGGCCCCACCGCCUACUUCAAGCUAACCUCCAUCGAGCUCUCGAAGAAAAUCCACGGACACGCGCGAUCAACAGACCACUUCCCGGAGCUCGUGCUGAACGGCUUCGUGACACGCCUCGGGCACACCGUCGGACGGCUCUUCCAGACCCUGUUCCCACCCAUGCCUGAGUUCCAGGGACGGCAAGUGGUCACUCUGCACAAUCAGCGUGACUUUCUGUUCUUCAGACGACACCGGUAUGCAUUCCGCUCGACGGAGAAGGUCGGCCUGCAGGAGAUCGGCCCGCGGUUCACCCUGAAGUUGCGCUCGCUCAAGAAAGGGCUGCCCGCUGUGACGAACAACGCGGAACCGAAAAAGCCGCUCGAGUUCGACGACUUUGGGGAGACUCCGGACAGCGAACAAACUGCUGCGGGCGAUAUGGAGACCGACGAAGUGCCUGACGGUCACGAAGAUGCCCAGAGUCAAGGCCAAUCGCAGAAGCACGGGCCGCCUGCGACGGACGAAUUCCUCUGGAUGUGGAAGCCGGAACUAGAGACGACACGGCGGACGUUCUUCCUGUGAGGAUGCUUCCGUCUCUCGGAUGCGAGGACUGUAUUCUGUGCCUGUCUGCAGAAGCGGCACUUCAUUUUUGACCAUGGGCAAUAUGAGAGGAUUUGUCUUGGCGAUCGACAGUGUAUUGCGCGCCGCGCCCGUACGUGGGACGGCUAGUGCUGAUAUGCUUUUAAGCUUUCUGACGUC